CCACUUCUAGCUGACGUCUUGUUAAAGUUCGAUUUUGUUAUCAAAAAAAUGAUAAAAAGUGCCUAAAAAUGUUGAAUUGUUUUCGUUUUGUGCCACAAAUUUUUGUUCAACGCGUUCGCGUUGUUUUGUAGUUGUAGUAGGUUGUAGCUUUUUUUUCUACUUGAAGAAUUUAUCAUCCCCACUCUUCCAAAUUUGAUAAAUUCAGUGCAAAAAGUUACAAAACCCAAUCGGACGAGAGCAAAGUGGUCUUGCAGUAAUUUGAGUUGAGUUUGUCGUUUAGUUGCUCCUCGGUCCUCGCUUUUGAGUAUUGCACUCGGUGUGCCCAAAUCUUAAUUCGUUCGGUUCAACUAGACAAAUCUAUGUCGGCACAUAGUAAAAAAGCAAUUCCAAUAUAAUUUUGUAUAAACCGCUGUGACCCAACACAAUUUUUUAAGCAAUACCAAUCAAUGUCUACACUCUGCUAAUGUACUUAUAAUUCUUAUACGAUUCCCUUUAAUUGAUGACAACUUGUUUCAAAGGCACAAACCAAAACCGCCAAACAAACUAAAUUGACAAAGGUUCAAUACAUUUUUGCUACCUCUUUAAAGAUUUCCACGUACAUUUAAUAACGAUUAGCAAAGUCAUGUCACUUUUUACAAUCUGGGAUUAUUUAGUGCUUCUUCUAGUGCUUGCCUCCUCGGCUGCGAUUGGUGUAUACUAUCGCCUGACCGGUGGCCGACAAAAAACCACAAAAGAAUACCUCCUCGCCGAUGGAAAUAUGCCGGCAUGGCCAGUUGCCUUUAGUUUGAUGGCAAGUUUCAUGUCGGCAAUUACUUUGUUAGGUGUUUCCAUGGAAAGCUAUCAGUAUGGCAUGAUGUUUGCUUGGAUAAAUUUGUCAUACGUUCUAAGUACACCAAUUGCCGCCUAUUUGUAUUUGCCGGUGUUUUAUAAUAUGCAAAACACUAGCGUAUACGAAUAUCUCGAGCGAAGAUUCGGUUUUACUACGAGACUUAUUGCUUCUAUUGCGUUUUCCGUUCAAAUGAUUUUAUAUAUGGGAAUUGUCCUCUACGCUCCUGCUUUGGCUCUCGAGGCAGUAACUGGUAUUAACAAAGAUACUGCAAUUCUAACACUCGGAUUGGUGUGCACUUUUUAUUCGACAUUAGGUGGCAUGAAAGCUGUUCUCGUUACAGACGUCUUUCAGUCGAUUCUAAUGUUUGCUGCAAUCUAUUGCGUUAUUUUUUGUUCAGCAUUCCAAGGAGAUGGAUUUAAGGCAAUUUGGAAUACGGCAGCUGCAAAUGGACGUCUUAAUUUUGAUGUUUUCACUCCGGAUCCAACAAUUCGUCAUAGCUUUUGGUCGUUGACUUUGGGAGGCUCUGUUACUUAUCUCAGUUUGUAUGCGAUUAAUCAAGGUCAAGUGCAACGUUUGAUGUCGGUUAAAAGUUUGAAAGGAGCACAACGAGCUCUUUGGCUGAAUAUACCGAUUUUAUGUUCAAUAAGUUUUUCAACUUUGUUUAGUGGUCUAGCUAUCUAUUAUUACUAUAAAGGCUGUGAUCCUGUGUUACAAGGAAGAACAAAAGUAAGAGAUCAACUUAUGCCAUUGUUUGUGGUGGAUACAAUGAGUAAAUAUCCUGGACUAUCGGGACUUUUUGUUUCGGGGAUCUUUUCUGCAAGUCUUUCAUCGGUGAGUUCGACUGUGAGUUCAUUAGUAGCUGUUACUCUGGAGGACUAUGUGAAGCCAUUUUGUGAAAAAGUUUUGAAAAAACCAAUUUCAGAAAGUAGUACGACACUACCCUCAAAAAUUAUGGUUUUCUUCUAUGGAAUUAUUUGUAUUUGUUUGGCAUUCAGUGCUGGAGCGCUGGGUGGUGUAUUACAAGCUUCGUUGACCAUUUUUGGAGUUGUUGGAGGUCCUCUAUUGGGAUUAUUUACAAUUGGUAUCUUUACGACGAAAGCCAAUCAACGUGGAGCAUUAUUUGGACUUUUAGUUGGGUUUGUUAUAUCGUUUUGGAUCGGAUUCGGUCAGCCAAAGCCACCAAUACCAGUUCUUCCAUUAACAGCGACUGAGUGUUCUAACUUUAAUGGGACUUCAAUCAUGACAGCAUCUAAUUUAGUCCCCGACACCACCGAAUAUUUCUAUUUGUUCAGAAUCUCAUAUCUUUUUGUUGCAGUUUUAGGCUUUUUAAUAACUACUAUCGUUGGUUAUGUGAGCAGUAUUGUGUUUGAAAUGUUGAAGAUAGCUGAUAAUGCAAAUAUUUACUUGAACGAAGCAAAAACACAAAUCGAUUAUGAUCUAUUUGCACCACCGAUUUCGAAUUUAUUAAAACGAAAAGCUUUAGCACAAAUGAUAGUUACAAGUGAAAAUGAAUACUGCUUGAAAAAUACCGAAUUCUGAUUAGAUUUAAGUUUAAUAUAGGGAUUAAUAUUAAAAUUGAUAUUUCAUUGCUUAAUAAAUAAACGUACAAAAUGUUAAAGAUACUUAAAGUGAUGGUAAGUUUUAUAGUGCUGCGCAUUAAAACUAAAAACAAAAACAAAAUGAAAAUGUUAAUUUUUAAAUAAUAUUGUAUAUAAAGUUAUGUUUUAUAUAUUUUUAUAUUCACAUCCAUGGCUUUAUGUUUUAAAUUAUUUAAUUAAAAACAAAAAUCGAAAUAAUUAUUUUUUAUCAAGUUCAAAACUUAAUUUUAUUUUUAUUUUUUAUAUUUUUCAAGACUAUUUUAGUUAUAUAUUUUAAUAAAAAACCAAGGCAAUAUUGUUUGUUGCAUAUAUUUAAUUGAUUUUUAUGCAUAGGAAUGUUGUGGGUAAUGAUUUUUUAAAGAUUUGCUUGAUCGCAGUUUUUUGUUUUUAUAUAUAUUUGCAAAGGCAAAAGCCAAUAAAAUAUCUGAAGGUAACUUUGCUAUAGUAUAAAAGAUCAACUGAAUACAUUAGCUUCGUUCCUUUAUUUAGGGGCAUUUAUCUACAACUCAGUACUUACAGUUGCUUUCAACUAGUAUUUUUCUAUUGAAAAAGUAGUUCAAAGCAGCUUUAGAUAAAUAUUCCCAAUGGAACGGAGCUAUUAUCAAAAACUGAAAACUGUAAUUUAAAUUAUAUGUGACGGGGUAGUUUGUUCAUUGCUUUUAGAUGGUUAGAUAGUACCUUAUUUUUUAUCAAAUGUGGGUCGUUUCCAGUAAAGCCUACAAAGACUAAAAAUAUAUAAACUGACCCAAAAAACAUAAAUGACUAAAUAUUUAGUCAACGGGCGGGUGCAGAAACGUUAGGGACUAAAUAUUUAGUC